UUUCUCCCUGUCUUUUUCAGCGUGUGUGCAUGAAAUAAUAAUUUUUUCCUUUUUUUUUUUCUUCUUUUAAUCCAUAUAUACAUGACUGUGACAUUACUUUCUCAAACACCUGAUGAGUCAACUUUGAAAGCAAGACAUAUUCAAAGAGAUACAGCCUUACUCGUUUCUCCUCCUUUAGCUGGUCAGGAAGGUCCACUCUUUGGUGACAUGUUUGUUUGUGAAGAACAAUUUUACUUUUACUCAGAAGCUUCCAAGUCAGGUAUUGCUGUAGAAUAUCCAGACAUCAUUAUUCAUGCCAUCUCAAGACAAGACGGUCAACCCAACAUUUAUUGUCAACUCGAUUCUGGAAUCUUCUUUCCUAACCAACAAUUACCUGAAGACGAAUAUGAUCGACAGGAAACCGUGACUGAACUUCGUUUAAUUCCACGCGAUAGUGGUGCAUUGGAAGGUAUCUAUUUGGCCAUGUCAGAAUGUGCAGCGCUUCAUCCAGAUAAGGAGUUUAUGGAAGAACAAGAGGAAAGUGAUCAAGAGUUUUAUGCCCCAAGUGAUGAAGCCGAAUUGAAUGAAGUACAACAGGCGGCUUUGAGACACUUGGAAUCCGUGUUUGAACAACCAAAGAUGAAUGGACAUCAAUUUGAUGAUCCUGUAGAUGAAAGCCAAUAAUAAAAAAAGAGAAAAAGAGCGAAAAA